CAGCCCGAUCCCGCCAUGGAGCAGCCCAGGAAGGCGGUGGUGGUGACGGGGUUUGGCCCUUUUGGGGAACAUACCGUGAAUGCCAGCUGGAUUGCAGUCCAGGUCUAAGGUGGUGGACGUGGGACACUGGCUGCAGGUCUCUCUCUUCCUAGGAGGCUCAGGUGGGUGUCAAGGGCCGGGACCCCCUUGGCUUGGGGCCGUCUGGAGUGUUCUCUGCCCAAGCGCAGCGAGGAGGAGCUGGGUCACAGGUCCUGGUGACAUCACGGGACAAUUACUGCCACAGAGCUAGAGAAGCUCGGGCUUGGUGACAGCGUGGACCUGCACGUGUAUGAGAUUCCAGUUGAGUACAAGACGGUCCAGAGGCUCAUCCCUGCCCUGUGGGAGAAGCACAGCCCACAGGUGAGUGGGGCGAAGGCAGGUGCUUCCUCAUCAGGACCUGCAGCUCGUGGUGCAUGUGGGGGUGUCGGGCAUGGCGACUACUGUCACACUGGAGAAAUGUGGGCAUAACAAGGGCUACAAGGGGCUGGACAACUGCCGCUUCUGCCCUGGCUCCCAGUGCUGCGUGGAAGACGGGCCCGAAAGCAUCGACUCCAUCAUCGACAUGGACGCGGUCUGUAAGAGGGUCACUACGCUGGGCCUGGAUGUGUCAGUGACCAUCUCACAAGAUGCUGGCAGGUACCUCUGUGACUUCACCUACUACACCUCUCUGUACCAGAGUCACGGCCGCUCAGCCUUUGUUCACGUGCCUCCACUGGGCAAGCCGUACAAUGCAGACCAGCUGGGCAGGGCGCUGCGGGCCAUCAUCGAGGAGAUGCUGGACGUCCUGGAGCAGUCGGAAGGCAAAAUCAACUGUCGCCACAAACACUAAGAGCCUUUCAGGCCUCCCAAGACCUCAUCCCACUAGGGACCCCAGGAGGGACCUCUGCCCUCCCGGGCUUGGCCAAGGAAGAUAAAUAAGCCUGUCAGCCGGGGAUCUGAUCUGGAUCAACGUUCCGACUUAAACACUUCCUCUCCCUUUUUCUCCGCAAAAGGGCUGGUCGAUUUGAAGGAGGUGGCUGAAGACUUUUUCCUCUAUUUCCCUUUGCAUCUGGGGACACAGUCACAACGGCCGGGAAGCUGGUGGGUCCCGAUCUGCACAGAGAACCCUGGUCGAGUGGAUCUCUGCUCUUUGAUCCCACAUCUGGGCUCACCUGCUCACCUGCUCUGGUGAAGGGAUUCUGGUGUUCCCUCCAUCCCUGAUUGGUUUUUCCCAAACCUAAAAACUCCAUGAAGAGUCUUUUCCUGGAUCCGUGUCCCAAAAGCCGGGAUGACCCCCGAAAGGGCUGCCUGGAGAUACGGCGGGGGCUUUCCCCCCCCUCUUUCUUAUUCUCUUUUUAUUUUUUUUUUAAGAUUUUAUUUAUUUAUUCAUGAGAGACACACAGAGAGAGGCAGAGGCACAGGCAGAGGGAGAAGCAGGCUCCAUGCAGGGAGCCCGAUGUGAGACUUGAUCCAGGGUCUCCAGGAUCACACCCUGGGCUGCAGGUGGUGCUAAACCACUGUGUCACUGGGGCUGCCCCUCUUAUUCUCUUUUAAAAAAACAAUAGUGCUAGUUUGGGCACAGAGGAGUUUAUAAUCCCUUUGGUUAAAACUUGGCUUUAGCCAACAGCAAAGUGUCUUUUCUUUUUCCUGGGAUGUGGCCCAUUGCGCCUCUUCCCCUGAAAAUUGGACCUCCACGUUGUGCUGGAGCUGACGUCAGUUCCCUUUCCUCAGGGCGGGCAGGGCCCUUGGCCAGGCAGUGUGGGGUGGGAGGUGCUGCCCCAGAUGGUUAAAAAAGGUGGGCUGACCCUUUCAACACCAGAGCCAUGAGCUGUCCCCAUGGGGACCCUGGGGCAGGGCAGCCGGUGGGUCAUUUUGGCACGCACAUGACUUAUUUUUUUUUUCCUAAUAUGUAAAAAUUUGUAGCAGUUGCAACCCACCCCACAUCUGGCCUGGAUUUUUCCAGUCCUGGUGCUGGGGGCCAGCUUCUUUCUCUCCUUAAGGGGAGGGGUGCCCAAAUGGGGCCCGGGGGCUGGAGUUGGCUGAGCUCCAUGUGCACUGGCAUGUUUGAGCAGGAGGGCAGUGGAGAAGCCAUUGGACUUCUGUGUAGAUGGUUUUGGAGACGCACCCAGGACUCAGGAGUAAAUUUUGAUCUCGCUCCCAGGCAACUUUCAGUUUACCACCAGAGAUGAGGGUAACAUCACCCAGGAAGUGACUGAGUUCAGCUGGACCUUGAUACCCAUCGGAGGAAAAGAAUGACAACAGGAACCAUGAUGCCAACUGAGGAAAACACACAUUUUGGAAGCGUUCUCCUAUUUGAGGGAGAAUUAUGGAGUUUUAUCAUUUCCCUAAGUGCGCGGUGUGCUGGAAUGUGAUGCCGUGUUGGAUCAUGUUGGUGUUACCCAGCAUGCAGUUCUUUCUGAAACAGAUGAUAUUUUUGUUUUGUUUUGUUUCUUAAACAUUCACCUUCUUUGCCUCUUGUUCCGAGGGCCAGGGGAGUUCCCGCCUCUGCUGAGCUGCUGUGUCGCUUGGAGAACUGGGUUGAGGGGUUUCUGAGUUAAAUGCAUUCUCUGGGUCCUGGGUUUUCUCUGGAGGAAGCUGCCCCGAGUGGGUGACUCGGGGUGGGCACUUGGCAGUGGGCAUGGCCUGUGGCUGGCAGGUUGAAAUGAUUAGGACUCUGCUUCUCUGUCCAUGCCAGCCUGCCUUCUGCCAGAAACACCCCUCUCUCAUGUCCCCAGUCUGAGAUUGUAGUCUCCUGAGAAACCUGCUGUGUGGGACUCCGUGAGCGGAGAUUGUGGCUCUUCUGAAUGUGAGGAGCUCAAGGCUCAUGGCGGGGGUCCCCCGGAGGUCUUAUUCAGAACAUCAGGCUUCAUCUAGCUUUGUUCCCCAAAGGUCUGAUCUACAGGGAUGUGAGGAGGAAAUGAAUCCAAGCAAGAGGGGGGGACCUGAACAUGAGCCAGGUCUGCCCUAGCUGGGUACCCACUGGAACCUGGACAUACAUACCAUCCCGAAACUCCACCUUUUCAUCUUUCCUUUGUCUUCAUUUUCCCUCUAUGUUUAAAGCACCAUAUGAUUCAGAAAUUUAGAGAUAUAACUUAUUGUCUGAUCAUUGUUGAGUGUAUGUGUGUCAUUUGUGUGUUCUUGCAAUGGUUUUAGAUUUUCUCAUCAAGUCAAGCCGGAAUCCUGUCCUUGUCCAUGAUGCAGCCUAUUUCAUUCAUUUUUAUUUAAUCAGACAACCAUUAAACAUUUCACUCACUUCC